AUGGUUAAUGCGAAAAAUGUCGCCUUCAAAGUCAACAAGCAGACUCCGUUUUCCCAAACAAUUGCUGGCGCCUACGGCACCGUGAUAAAUUGCCGGAAGCCAGCCGGCAAAGCGUCGUCGCGCGAGCACAAGGAAGUGCGUUCACAUCAUGUGCCAUUGGCAAAUGUUCCUGGAGCAUCGAAGCGCAAACGGGGCGAAGAGGGCAAGAGAGAAUUCGAUGAAUCAACAAGCCUGUCCAUAUCGUCUGGAAGCCAUGCGACCGAGAUCCUGAUACCAACACGCGACCACCCGCUACUCAACCAGCAAUGGCAGCAACGAAAGCCAACCAGGUUACGGAGGGGCAAAACCUUGUCCAAGGGCGUUGAUCUGGAUUGCUGGUUUACCAUACUCUCGUUUUCCGACCCUGCACAACUACUGGAGAUGCGCAGCAAGAUCGCCUCGUGCUACCGGUUCUUACGGGACAACCCGAUGCUCUGGAAGCAUAGCAGGAACUACUACUAUGGAAGCGGCAUGCCGGACCCACCUUCCCAGCUCACCGAGUUUCAAUAUGCCCAUCUACGUCAUGGCCAUGGUUGUAUGAGUUGCCACGCGCCCAAUACACGCAAGACGUACUGGGCUUUCCUUCGGCGCUGGUGCAAGACAUGUCUGCAAGCAAAGACUCUGAAAGAGCAUGAGGCCAUGGUGUUGCUGAGGAACGCGAACGGCGAGGACAUUUCGUAUUUGCACAAAGCGCUCCCAUCUGGCAUCUUCGAUUCCUGGGGGAACUUUGUUGGUGUCGGACCAGCCAGCACGCAUUCGUUGAAGACGGUCUACCUACUCUCGGAUGUGGAGGCGUUGAUCGCCGAAUACACUCGUGAGCGACAGCAAGACUUGGACUGGCACGCUGAGCUGCGCUCGUGGCACGCUAAGAAGAUCGACCUCGUCGAAGAACGCAAAACCUUUGCAAAGAAGAUGGAAAUGUGGGAAGAGACGACUCGUACGUCCAAGUCAUUCGACUACCAAGCAAAGAAAUCGGCGCGUAAGGUUUACUUUGAGCGCAAGGCCUUGCAGCUCAACCCACCCAUUAGCGUGAGAGACAUGGAGGCCUGUCCAUCCUACCGCCGCGCAGUGGCCAUUCCCAAAGAGCCGAACAACACGUCCUGGCUACAGCUCAAACCAAAGCUCGAAAAAGAAGCUGCAGACCUGGCAGCUCUAAAGGUUCAGGGAGGGACAUUGGAUUCGCAUAUAUCUACAGCCUCUACUUCGGGCACAUCAACGCCAAACAGCAACAUGGAGAUGCAGCAGCCGUUCAUCCCCCACAUCCUAGGGUUCACUUUGGGGUUGCCUCCUUCACACGGGCACUUGUUUUGA